AUGCCGUCGUCAUCCUCCUAUACGUGUGAGCGCUGCCCUCUAGAAGGCUUCCGGAAUCAUAGAGUGGCAAAGACUCAGAGAGUGGCACACAAAAUCGAGAUUGCGCAAUACGAGAGAACUACUACUCAGCACCUCAAUGUCACGGAGAGAGAUAUAGUUGUUGCGCCCGAACAGCCAGUUGUCGGGCAUGAGAUUCAGGAGCCCGACUUGCAGGAUGCAUCUAUGCAUGCAGAGCCAGACGCCGACCCGACCACUCUGGAGCUUGAGAGGCUCGCCAGUCUUCUGACUGGUUUGGUCAUUCUCGACGAGGGUGAACAGUCGCAUCGCGAAGCGCAAUCCAAACUCUUCAGCACUCGUGACGAAUUUCAAGCCAGUGUACCCGAUGUGCCGGUCGCUUUCAUGCCCAUUGCACCCGCGCAAGCUCUCAGCGGCGUCGAAUCUGUGCUCAAGGCCCAGUCUCUUCCGCUCUCACCGUCGGUGGUACAAGCCCACCAUGUCAAUAUGGGUCUAUGCCGCGAUAUGCUGCAGCGAGUUCGCAAUGCCAUGGCCGAACUUGAACUCCAGCGGGCGUUUGACCUUACCCCCAGUGCCACCGUCGCGCUGGUGACUAUAGUCGACUCCGCCACCCUCGUUGUUGGCGAAGCGGGCCGACUUAUUGCCAGUCUUCUGCCCUCUAGCAAAGCAAGCCCUCGGAAGCGACUCAGGGCAGAAACACAAGCAAACAAGGAAUUAUCUGCGAUCUUGAAGGACAUCCGGGAAGAGGCCGAGACACUUGACUCGCUCAUUGAUGUCAUCGGCCGUUUUCUUCCGCCUCAGACCAAAGAGGUCGUACAUAAUUCUGAUCAUCACUUCGUGAACCCAAUUGCCAAAUUCGAUGUCACUGCUCAACUCUCCAUCCUUCUCGCCCUCAUCUGCCAUGUCGUCGUCGGCAUCAGCGGUGAUGCUGUCAAUCUGAUCCUUGCAUUUGUUAAUGCGAUCAUACAAAGCACUAUGGCCCUUUGUUCACACAGCACGCGCGCCGAUCCUACGCAGGAGUAUCUACUUAAGCAGCUACCCACGUCGCUCGAGUCUGUGCUUCGCCGGUUCAAAAUAGAUCCCAGUACAACAGUCUACGCGACUUGCCCGUCCUGUCAUCAUACACAUGCGCCAUUGCAGGACCGACUUAGUGGCGAAGCUUCCUAUCCGGAGGUCUGUCAAGGAUAUAUCUACCCUCAGCGAGGCGAACGUCAUGCCUGUGCAACACCGAUUCUAGAAUGUCGUCAGGGCAAGUUGCGUCCUAUCAAGCCAUACGUCUUCACCUCCUUCAUCGAUUACAUCGCUGCAAUGCUCUCUGAUGCUGAUGUUGAAAGAAUGUGUGAGAAGGCGUGCGAUGACGCGCUGGCGGCUGUCCGCGAGGCUCUCUCCACGAACCCUGACGCGUCUGUCGCGGAGGAACGGGUGAACAGUGUCUUUGAGGCCGCAUUCAUGCGCAGUUUCAAAGGUCCGGUGCCUGAUAAGCUGUUCAUACAGAGAGAUGGUCGCAUGCGCCUUGCCUUCCAGGUCAUGCUUGACUUCUUCAAUCCAAAUGGGACACGGAAACGUGGAAACCACAAUUCCAUCGGGAUCUUGGCCGUCGUCAACCUCAACCUGCGUGAGGACAUCCGUUAUCGCCCCGAAUACAUGUGGCUCAGUAUCAUACUUGGUCCAGAGGAACCCAACCAUGAUCAGAUCGGCAACUACAUCCGCCCUCUCAUGGACUCGUUUGUUGUUGGAUGGGAGCAAGGCUUCCGACUCUCCCGUACUGCUCUUCACGAAUCUGGCCGCAGCGUGGACAUUGCUCUCGUUAUCAACGUCAACGAUCUACCGGCAACACGAAAGGCUCAAGGCAUGGCUGCUGCCAACGCAAAUCAGUAUUGCUCAAUAUGUGACUGCUACGGGACUCAUACCAUGUACAAUACGGAGUUCCAUGAGUGGAAACGACGUGAUAUUGUAGUGCUCCGUGCCAAGGCUUACGAAUGGCGAGACGCAACUAGCCAGGCUGCUCGCGACGCCAUCUUCUCAGAGUACGGUGUUCGUUGGUCGGAAUUCUGGCGUCUAUCAUACUGGGACCCAACUCGCAUGGCUGUCGUUGACGCAAUGCAUUGUAUUCUAGAAGGCCUGGUUCACUACCACUGUCGUCGAGUAUUGCGAAUAGACACCAAGUUGGCAAAGCGCAAGGAGACAAUGGGUGCAGCGUUUGAAUAUAACUGGCCAGAAUAUGACACUGCAACAUGUCAUCCGGCCUGCAUACUGAGGAACGAGGCACGAGAAUUGGUUAUGAUUCGCGCCAUUCAACAGAAGCUCGUCCAGCCCCUUCUUCCUGACAAUGAGGAUGAAGAUGAUGAUGACGCGGCCAUCGAUGAACAUACGGCUGAUGCUCCCGAUCCACAAUUCGUCCCAGCGCUCACUAUCAACCAGUUAUAUCAGCAGCUGAUGAAGAUCAAUCUACAGCCCCUUCGCUGGGUCCUUUCUUCGCUUGGGCUCAAUGUGAACCCAAAUUCCAUCGCGUCCAAAAAGGCCUGUUGCAACCAACUGAUUGCGUGGCGCCGCACUCAGCCACUGGCAAGCACCUUGUUUGUCCCUCGGCCCAUCAACUUGGCCAACAUACAUUUCAUUCAGCGUGUAAUCAAGCAUACCACCACCCCGGCGUCGGUGGACUCAGUCCCAAACAACUACGGAGAUAGCAAUGCAGGGACGAUCAAGGCGGCUGAAUGGCGCAUCUUAGCAACGAUCUAUCUCCCCAUCGCUCUCGUACUGCUCUGGGGUGAUCAUGAUCCCUUGGAGCAAUCUCCGCGCAUGCUCAAGGUCCUGGAUCACUCCAUGGCGCUGUUCUCUUCUGUCAUCCUAGCCUGUCGGUACACCAUGACCGCUAUGCGAGCAACUCAAUAUCGAAGCUUCUUGAAGGACUGGGUGGAUGGUCUGGCGACGAAUCAUCCUCAUAUCCGUUCUCAUGCGAUGCGGCCUAACGUGCACAUGGCCCUUCACAUCUACGACUUCCUUCUAUUAUAUGGACCAGUUAUCUCUUGGUGGACAUUCCCCUUCGAGCGCGUGAUUGGAUUCCUCGAGAGGAUCAACACCAAUGAUCAUAUUGGCGGGGAACUCGAAGCCACCCUGUCCAAAUCAUUCAUGCGUGGCGCCAGUAUCCGACGAUGGUUGCGGCGACCAGAUUGUCCGCCUGUUUUUGUCGAACUCAAAGCGCUUUUCGAGAAGACAUUUCCAGCAUAUAACCCACCCACCGACUCUCCUCCACUUGCCAAGGAUGGAGAACGUGCACACUAUCGACGGAGUGGAGUCAACUUCUCUAGAGCCAGUACCCACCUGGGCAACAGUUUGGUAAUUUAUUAUCCCCCUGGCUCUCACAAGAUGAUCGCCGGCAGUAUUGAGAGCAUUCUC